AAAAAGAAUCGCAUGAAUCAAUCCGCCGCUGAUAACCAGAGGCCGAUGAAUUUCUGAGUUUUUUUUUAUUGAACUUAAAUUAUUAUUCAUACAAUUAUAUACGUUUUUUUUACGUUUUUUCUUCUUGUUUUCGCAAUGGUUUUCACCACAGCAAUGAUGUUGGUUAGGAGUAGAGGCCCGGACGAGUUUUGGAGAAAAAGAAAAAUAUUCAAAAUAGCUGCUCAUUUUUCUGGUCGCCGAAGGAACUGCUACUCUAUUGCCAUUAAAGCUGUGCAUCGUGCUCUUCAAUUUGCUACAAUUGGACGGGCACUUCGAAAAAGUGACAUGAUUGUUUUGUGGAACACUCGUAUAAGAGCUGGUUGUGAAGAACACGGAAUCGAACUAAAUACUUUUAAAGAAGGUUUAUCCAGAUGUGAUAUUCAACUAAAUAAGAAAGUUUUGGCAGAUUUAGCCAUUUGGGAACCUAGCACAUUUAAAGCAUUAUCUGAUCUAUCAAAGUCAGUAUCAAUAGAUUAUGAACUACCAGGGAGUGAAAAAUACAAUGUACCAACAAAUGUAGUCACAAGAGGCUUAUUGAAAAAGUAAUUUUGUUUUGUAUUGUUUUUCAAAAUUAACUCUAAAAUAAAUUAGCUGUAAGAAAUACUUUGUAGAAAAAGAAUAAAUAUUUUUAAUUUGAAUUUAACUAA